AUGGCACUUUGUCUCGACCUAAAUGGAAAAAACAUUGUUACGAAUUGGUUUAUAGUUGAUAUAACGAAAGAAGUAUGGAAGAAAAAAAAGAUUUCGCAUCAAGAAUUUAUUAAAAAUGCUAAAAAAAACGCUUUCGAAAAAAUUGACGCAUGCGAGCUCAACAUAUGGAAAGUUGCUAUUCACGUUAAGAAGGUCCCUCGCGAGGCAUUACGCAAGCGUCUCAAGCUAUUUUUACUUAUGAAUAUCAUAAAUAUUCUUGUUCCAUUUAUUGGUGAACAACCAGACACACUUCUUGAAUCACUUUCAAGAUUCCGGACGGCCUUCCGAACAUGGGCGUCAAACGAAUCAAGAGACCUUACGUUAAAAUGGCAUGCCAACGUUGCAGAAAAAUAA